UUAUGUAGUUCUGCUAUAAGCAGAAAAUUUUGUUUGUAAAAUAAUUAAAUUCCUAAAUCUAGUGUAAUUUAUCAGUUGCACUGGAUUGCAUUGUUGGCACUCCGUCGCUUACGACGUCGAGGGUUCCAGUUGAUCCGAUCAACGGAACAGCCUGCUCGUGAAAUUAACGUGCAAGUGGCUGAGCACUCCACAGACACGUGUACCCUUAACGUAGUUCUCGGGGAUAUUUCACCGAAAAUUAUUUUCAGCUAUGCUUUCACUUUGAAGCCAAGAGUUGGAUUUCGUUAACGCAUGCGCAUUAAAUAAUAAUCUGAUUUUAAUCGGGUGAGAUGACGGGAAUGAUAUAUCUAACAGGAACUAGAUUCAGCUUGUCGCAUUGCUGCAUCGACUACUAUGGACGCUGUAAGUGUAAAUGGUAGUACAGGCGCUCAGUUCCAUUUACCAACUGAGGAAGAUUUAAUGAAAUGUUUCGAAAAAUAUGACAUGACACAUGAAAAGCGAGGUGUUGCCUACAUCUUCAACAUGAAAAAUUUCAGUGACCCAAAACUUCAAACUCGUCACGGCUCAUCGAAAGACACAAAACAUUUAAAAAGGGCUUUAGAAAAUCUUGGUUUUCAUGAAGAUGAUAUCAACAUAUGUAAAGAUUUUACAGCCAAAGAAAUGCUCGGGGCUUUGGAAGAAUUUGACCUAAACAAUCCUAAAAUUAAUAUUGAUUGCUUUGUUUGUGCAAUUCUGAGUCAUGGUGGUAAAAACGAUAUCAUAUGUGGAUACGAAGGUAAAGUUGAGCUAGACGAAUUGCUUUCUUGCCUGAGACCCGAUCGCUGUCCAUCUCUAACAGGAGUACCUAAAUUAAUCUUUAUUCAAGCAUGUCGUGGAAGUAAGAUUGAUGUUGGAGUCGAAAAAAACGAUGCUGCGGAAACAGAAUCUGAAAGAAAGUCACCCAAAAUUCCAAUUAUGGCAGAUAUGUUGGUUUUCCAUUCGUCGUAUAAUAAACAUCCGUCAAUCAGGAAUGAAGACAAAGGUUCGUGGUUUAUGCAGACUUUAAGUACAGUGUUGAUGGAACAUGGCACUGACUAUGAAAUCAUGAAAUUGUUAACUGCUGUCUGUAAACGUGUUGCCUCUUUUGAAUUCAAAAAUCCGGAUAAUCCGGAAUGCAGUGGAUUAAAGAGGAAGGCUCGUAGUUCAUCUAAACUAUGUUAG